UUCCACGUGGAUAAUUUGGGUUACUAUGUCUAUUCAGAUUGAAAGAAUUUGAAGGUUUUGUUCAAAUUUGGUCUUUAUUAGAAUAAAGAAAAAAUAAUUUUAUUUUUCAGAGUUAAUUGGCUUUAAGAUGAUCACUUUACAAAAAAUUCUGAUGUUACUCUUAAAAAAUUUUUUUUUAGCUAUAGAGAAGUCUGAAACCACUUCUGAACACACUUGUCAGCUCUGUGGUGGUUGGUUUGAUACUAAAAUUGGAUUAUCGAAUCAUGUUAGAGGCCAUCUGAAAAGACUUGGAAAGACCAAAUGGGAUGCUCAUAAAUCUCCAAUCUGUGUUUUGAAUGAAAUGAUGCAAAAUGAAGAAAAAUAUGAAAAAAUCUUAAAAGCAUUGAACAGUCGUCGUAUUAUUCCCAGACCAUUUGUAGCUCAAAAACUUGCAUCAAGUGAUGACUUUCUAUCUCAAAAUGUUAUACCUCUUGAAGCAUACCGUAAUGGCCUAAAGACUGAAGCUUUAUCAGUGUCUGCGUCAGAAGAGGAAGGGCUGAGUUUCUUAAAUGAAUAUGAUGAAACAAAACCAGAACUGCCCAGUGGAAAAAAGAAUCAGUCUCUUACACUGAUAGAACUGCUUAAAAAUAAAAGGAUGGGAGAAGAAAGGAAUUCUGCUAUUUCUCCUCAAAAAAUUCAUAAUCAAACUGCAAGAAAGAGAUUUGUUCAGAAGUGUGUUCUUCCAUUAAGUGAAGACAGCCCGUUGAUGUAUCAGCCACAAAGAAUGGACUUGACUAUGCACUCAGGUAUGCCUGUGAAGCUUAGAACAUGUGUGCAUUGCAAUACGACGUUUACAAGUGCUGUUAGCCUGUCCAACCACUUACGCGCUUAUGCACGAAAGAAGAGUGCUGGACUUUUGACUGGUACAGCCUUAGAUUGUAAGCAAAAGAAAUCAAGGUCAAGAUCUGGAAGUAAGAAGAAAAUGCUAACGUUACCUCAUGGUGCUGACGAGGUUUACAUUCUCCGAUGCAGGUUUUGUGGCCUAGUCUUUCGUGGACCAUUGUCUGUUCAGGAAGACUGGAUUAAGCACUUACAACGACACAUUGUAAACGCUAAUCUUCCACGGACUGGAGCUGGCAUGGUGGAAGUCACGUCACUACUUAAAAAGCCUGCCUCCAUUACAGAAACUUCAUUUUCUCUACUAAUGGCAGAAGCAGCUUCAUAGAACAAGGAAACCUUUUAAAUAGCAAAUUUAAAUUGGAUGUACAUUUGAAAUUCUUUGUCUUUUUUUUUUAAAGCCAUGUUAAAUUAUCCGUUUAUAAAUACUAAAGCAGGAAUAUGGGGAAAAGUGAAUUACAGUGACAUCAGAGCAAACUGAGUACUUCAAACAGUAAGUAGUCUAUAUAUUUUAUAUAGGACGGAAGCUGUGUUUUUAAGGUUUACUAAGUUUUGUCAGUUAAUGGUGUUCACUCGAUGAAAGAUCAGUACAUGUAAGCAGUCAUUAAUAAACUGUUGCACAUGAAUAACUUAAAGACAGACUUACUGGAAAAUUACAUUUUCUGCAGUGUUACCAGAAUCAAAGUUCUGUUUAUUCCCCACAAGACUUGCAUUGAAAAAUAAGAUAUUAUAUUUUGUUUGUAUGUAUUUAGUGUUUUGUAUAAUACCAGGAACCGCUAAACUAAAUUUACUCAACUUAGGGCAUUAAAUAUCAUGUACUUCAUAGUUUGAGACUGUUCACUCAAAUAGGGCAGAGUACUAUUCUAUCUAGAUGUGUAAGUGUUUUUUUAAAAUCACAUGGAACGGUUUUUUUUAUACUAAAAAGUGGAGGGAGAUUUGUUUAAACAAGUAUUUCUAAAAGAAAUAUGUACAUAGUCCUGGAAAUUAUUUGUGGUAAGGAAAUAUCCUUUACUCCAGUUGCAUUUCUCAGACAAUAAAGUGGUGCAUCCAUGCUACCUCCUACUUUGUCAACAAAGAUGCUAUUUACCCUUUACAUUUUUGUAUCAUAAUAGAUUUAAAAAAUCUAAUGUUCUUUAUUGCAAGACAUCCCUUUUGUUAACAGAUUUGUUUCUUUUUAAUGUUUUACUUAAAUUUUGACAUGCUUACAGGACAGGUUUGCCUCUUACUUUAUUUAACAUUGUAGAAAUGUAAUUAAUGAACAAUGCUCACUACACAAUUUAGAAUAGGCUUUCUCAUUUAUAUUCCAAAUUUGAUCAGUUAGCAAAACUUAAUACACCAAUUGAAAUAUUUCUACAUAUAAUGAGAAUGUUUACAAUUUAAAUUUUAGAACUUGUUUUGGAUGUGACUAUAUGUACGAAAAUCGUGUAACACUAUGCUCAUGCUAAGAACCGACAUAACGGAAUUACUGAAAUAAAUGUGCUGUGAGGAAUGGAAAAUAUGGUGCAGAUGUCUUGGUCAUGAUAAAUUGUGAUUCUUUUAAACUCUUUCCAAAAACAAAUUAGUUCUUUUAACCUGCAAUCAGAUUCCUUUACAAAUAACAGUUUUUGUAUGCAAGCACCAUUUCAUUUUAUUUCAUGUAGUAUGGCUAAUACUAUAGUUGAAACAAGGAUAUGCAUUGAUAAUUUUCUUCGUAUGUAAAUAAAGUUAAAAACAGUUAAAAUAAGGAGUAUUUUGGUAGAGUAUAUACAUACCUCACUGCCAGUGAAUUGCUUUCCUAUGGUAUAUCUCCUUACCAGAAAAAUCUCUAAAUAAAAAAAGACUUAAAGAAAAUUAUAA